AUGCUAUCAGUUACAUGGCAUAGUAAAAGUGAAAAUAUUUACUUCAAAGGUGAAAAAGGCAGCGAUCUCACCACACGAGUAUAUUCCUACAUAAAUCUGGGGCUCGGGGAGAGUGAUCAAACGGUGGUGAGUGGAAGUCCUACAGAAACCGAGCUAGAAAAGUCCAUCGAAAGUCUGUUAGCUAGCAAGAAUGAACAUAUGAAUGAUAUUAAUAAAACUAAAGAUAUACCAACUAACGAGGGAGCUAGCGAGGAUGAGAAUACGAGUGAUAUUGAAAAAACCGAAGAUACAUCAACUAAAGAGGGUAAUCCUGUAAAGGCUUCAAAUCGACAUCUUGAUUUUAGUAACAGUAUUAUUCAUGAAGCCCAAAGUUCAAAGGAAGAAACGAACACAAACUUGUCAACAAGUGUAAAUUUGCAUAAAGAACCAAUGAAUUUGCAUAGAGUGCCUCAUUCCUAUAUUCCUUUGGGAGACCCGAACAAAAACUAUAAUCCGGAGUUUGAUAUCGGAGCAUUGAAAUUUAAGCUGGAGAGCUUUGCUGAGAACGUCGACAGCAAAUUUCAAGCUCUUACAAAAGAAGUGGCUGACAUUAAAGAAAAUAAAGUUUAUUCGAUUAUAAUUCUCGAGAACACUGUCCAUGAAUUAAAGAAAGAGAAAUAUGACCUAAUCAAAGCUAACAACGACUUAAGAGAGAAGAACGAAGUAUUACAUCAAAAAAUUUCGGAUUUUAAUUCGACAGUACAAAGAUUGGAAGAUGAGAAGCAGAGUCUAAUCACAACCCUAAAGCUAGUUCAAAAGGAAACUCAAACUGUUCAGCCGGAUUUGAAUGACAGAAUGCAAAACCUUGAAAACGAAAAUAAGAGCUUAUCAACGGCAUUAACACUCUUGCAACACGAAUUAGAUAAUACUCAACAACAUAAAUGGAAAGUUGUAAAGACGAAGUAUAAUAAACCACCUUCAGAGACCCCAGCAGGAUCAAAUACUAUUGAAACAAAAAAUCAAUAUACAACCCUUAGGGUCACUGAUGCUGAACAUGACGAUAUUCCAGCAAGACUGAAUACCCAACAGAUUCUAGAUGAAACUUCGAAUACAACCAAACACAGCAACAUACAGAUGGUUGGAAAAAGCAGUGGUCCAUCAAAUUCUAAUGAGUCAAGUCGUGACUCACAACGUAGUCAACCUAGAAUAGCUAUCCUCGGAGAUUCGAUGAUUAAACAUUUGGACACCAAACGAAUGCAGAAUGAUUGA